AUGAACCCACAAGCUAUCAUUGCCAUGUUGGCGGUUGCUCGUAUUGGAGCCAUCCACUCGGUUAUCUUUGCUGGUUUCUCGCUGGGAAGUAUUAAAGACCGUGUAAAUGAUGCUGCUUGUAAGGCCCUUCUCACCUGCGAUGAGGGUAGAAGAGGAGGACGUCCUGUGAACAUCAAAAAAUUGUGUGACGAUGCUCUCGAACAAUGUCCAACCGUCGAGAAGGUGUUGGUGUUCAAACGUACUGGAGCUGAUGUUGCUAUGAAGAAAGGUCGUGAUUUUUACUGGGAUGAAGAAACCGCAAAUUUUCCAGGUUACACACCUCCAGUCCCUGUCAAUUCUGAGGACCCACUUUUCUUGUUGUACACUUCUGGAUCCACGGGAACCCCCAAAGGUGUGUUGCACACCACCGGAGGUUACUUGCUUGGUGCUGCGUUGACCACAAAGUACGUUUUUGACAUUCAUCCUGAAGACAUCUUGUUCACCGCGGGAGAUGUGGGAUGGAUUACCGGCCACACUUAUGCGUUAUAUGGACCUCUCGCUUUGGGAGUGUCUACAAUUGUGUUUGAAGGUACUCCAGCAUACCCAGAUUAUGGCAGAUUAUGGCAAAUUGUCGACAAGUACAAGGCUACUCAUUUCUAUGUUGCACCAACUGCGUUGAGAUUAUUGAGAAAAGCCGGUGAAGAAGAACUUGCCAAGUACGACUUGUCAACUUUGAGAACUUUGGGUUCUGUAGGAGAGCCUAUUUCUCCUGAUAUCUGGGAAUGGUACCAUGAAAAAGUGGGCCGUGGAAAGUGUCAUAUUACCGAUACUUAUUGGCAGACCGAGAGUGGUUCUCACUUCAUUGCACCAUUUGCUGGAAUCACCCGUAACAAGCCUGGAUCCGCUUCACUUCCCUUCUUUGGCGUACAAGCCUGUCUUAUCGACCCAGUUUCAGGCCAUGAAAUAUCUGGAAAUGACGUUGAAGGUGUCUUGGCUAUCAAAGAUACCUGGCCAUCGAUGGCUCGUUCGGUGUGGAAAAACCACACCAAGUACAUGGAUACUUACCUCAAACCCUACCCAGGUUACUACUUUACUGGUGACGGAGCAGCUCGUGACCACGAUGGUUACUACUGGAUUCGUGGUCGUGUAGACGAUGUGGUCAAUGUCUCUGGACACAGAUUGUCGACCGCUGAAAUUGAAGCAGCUCUCAUUGAGCACCACGGAGUCUCUGAGGCUGCUGUGGUGGGUAUCAACGAUGAUUUGACCGGUCAGGCAGUGGUGGCUUACGUUGCACUCAAGGAUGAAGCGGCUGGUGCCAAUGGUGAUGAAUUGAGAAAGGCACUUGUGCUCCAAGUCCGUAAAGAAAUUGGUCCAUUUGCUGCUCCCAAGUCUGUCAUUAUCGUUGCAGACCUCCCUAAGACCCGUUCUGGUAAGAUCAUGAGACGUAUUUUGAGAAAAAUUUCGAGUAAUGAAGCAGAUCAAUUGGGAGACAUCACCACCUUGGCCAACCCACAAUCGGUUGAGGGAAUCAUCAAGGAGUUUUCGUUGCAGUUUGGAAAAAAGUAG